AAAAAAAAAAAAAAAAAAGACCUAUGACCUUUCUGGCGCCAAGACAGACUUAUCUGUUUGUCCAAAAACACGAAGGGGACAAGGCUGGCCAUUCAUCCGGUGGCACCCAAGACCUCGGCCACGCGGAUGGCACCAGUCGGAGGCGGACUUUGGCACGAGAGCCACCACGGCACGAUGCGGGCUCUCACCAUCGCCGUCACCAUCACCGUCCUACACCAGGCAGCGCAGUCUUCCGUAUGCCUUCAUCACCACCACCAUUUUCCGCCACCAUUUCCUCAACACCAACGACCGAAGGACCCAUUAACAACCCUCCCUUUACCCACCGGAUCCCCAGGGCUCACGCAGGAGGCUCACAGGAGGACCGCUGGGCCAAGGAAUUCUGCAAGGCGUCCUUUUGCGGGAUCAUGUCCUCCUCCAAGUGGCAACUCUGCUGCGAGGGACACGACGAGUGCUGCGCCUACCUCCAGCUCGAGGGCGUGGGCGGUGGAGGUGGGUUGCGGGCGUCACGCGGUGGCUCUUUCUCUGGCUUAUUGUGUCUCCAGUAGGCUGUUCCCUCUCUCGUA